UCAUUGUAAAACUUUGUUUGGACAUGAUGACCAAUUCGAAGAUUCUGUUUUGAACUCACCUUCUUCAUCAUCUCAAUCAAAUGAACUACGAUUCUAUAUAAGAAGAAUACAUAAAGACUCAUAUAAACUGGUAAAAACCCUCUCGAUUACCUUCAACUAAAAUAAGUUGAACCAUGUCAAAACCUAGUCAAUUCAAACCCAACAUCAUCUCCAAUCCAGAUGGAACCUACACGCGCCUCUUAAAAUUUCCAAGCACCGAGGCCGACUCUACCUCAGCCACUAACCAUGUACUCUCCAAAGACAUCCCUGUAAACCCUAAAACCCAAACCAUGGUCCGACUCUUCCUCCCUCGGAAUGUCCUUGGCUCAAAAACCAAACUCCCUCUCAUAUUUUACUACCACGGUGGUGCGUUUCUCUAUUUCAGCGCAACUACAACUGUUUUCCAUGAGUUUUGUUUCAACAUGGCUUUGGAACUCCAAGCUAUUGUUGUCUCCGUGGACUACCGUCUUGCCCCUGAACACCGCCUCCCGGCAGCCUACGAGGAUGCCAUAGAUGCGUUGCACUGGAUCAAGACCACAGAGGAAGAGUGGGUAAGAGAAUUUGCUGAUUUCUCAAGCUGUUUUUUAAUGGGUACUAGUUCUGGUGGAAACCUAGCUUACCAUGCUGGGCUUCUUGCUUGUGAAGUUAGAGAUCACCUUGGCCCUUUGGAAAUCAAAGGACUGAUAUUGCACCAUCCCUUUUUUGGUGGAUCCGAGAGGACCGGGUCGGAACUGAAGAUGGAGCAUGAUCGAAUUUUGCCACUACGGGCAAGCGAUGGAGCGUGGAAAUUGGCGUUGCCUAUUGGUGCUGACCGUGAUCAUGAGUAUUGCAAUCCAGCGGUGGGCGAUAGAGAUGGUAUUUGGGCUGCGAUUCGGGCCAUGGAUUGUAGGGUCUUGGUUCUGGGUUGUUUUGGAGAUCCGAUGAUUGAGCGACAGAUGGGGUUGGCGAAAAUGGUAGAGGAGAAGGGUGUACGAACGGUGACUCAUUUUGGCUAUGGUUGUCAUGGUUUGGAAAUAACUGACCCGUCCAAAGCUCCGGGUUUAUUUGUCGACUUGAAAAAUUUCAUAUACUAACUGUCAAAAUUUUACUAUGCACGUUUGACCGUUUGUAUGUCAUAUAAAAAACUGAAAGAAUAUAACAAUGCAUGUAUGUGAAAGACUGGUAUGUAUUCAACAAAAAAUUAAGAUUAAAAAUAUGUAUGUGUUUAAGGAUCGAUACAUAUGGUUAAGACUUGAGGAUUGAAAUAUUUUGAUGAAAAGAACAACAAAAAAGUCAUGAUCUAGCGCUUUGCUAGGGUUUCGGUAUCCUAGAGUUGACGCUAGUGAACGACCCUAUUUUGGGGAUGAGUGUAUGUGAAUAUGUGAUCUCAUGUGGGACUUGUCGCUGCCUUUGGGGGUUGACCGUGAUCACGAGUAUUGCAAUCCGAUGGCGGGUGGCGAUUCUAAUGUAUUUGAUCAAGUGAAAGCACUUGGGUGGAGAGUUUUGGUGAGUGGCUCCGAUGGAGACCCACUGAUCGACGUCAGAUUGAGCUGGUGAAGAUGAUGGAGGGGAAGGGUGUACAAGUGGUCAGUUUAUUGAAGGAGGUUAUCAUGGGGCUCAAGAUGUUGAACCCUCCAAAGCCAAGGCAGUGUUUUUGCU